AUGGCCACUCUUUUACGACGGCCAGCGUCUAUCGCACGAUAUUCGAGAAGCGCAGCAGAGCUCUUUACGGCAUCAAGGUCGACAUACUCACAUCACACUAGACCGCAACUGUGGUCAUUAAUAAACGCCCGCCAAGCACGAUCCUACUCCUCUGUCAAUCCCGGCGGUCCGAAACGUCCAAAUGAUGAAAAGAAUAACAACAAGAAUACUCCCGAAAAGAAGGAAAAUGAUAUUCAGGAUGAACUAGCCGACUUCUUCAAGACCAGAAAUGCUCCUUCGAGUAAGCCGGGUAGUCGCGAUGCAGCUGCUGAGAAGGAGUUCUUGGAUCAGUCCCUCCAGUUCAUCAGCGGACUCCAAAAGGCAGGGGGGUUGCCUCAACGACAACAGGAUCUCAUACGGGUUAUUCAAAUUUUGCUGAAAGACGUCAAGCAUAUACCUCUGGGGAUGGAAGAAUUCUUCGAAAAACAUGCAGUGCAAAGAAAAGUCAUGACGCUUGGAGAAUGGGACAAUUUUGCGAACUACUGGCUAGACUAUUUCGACGACUCGAUGCACCUCUUUCAAUCGGAAAAGGUUUCUUUGGACGAAAUAAAGUCUAUGCUUAAGACGAAGUCAGAAUCGGGCCCUGGGGGGGAAGCAGGGAAGGAUUCGAAGAGACAGGGGGCCAACCAAGGCAAAGAACAGAAAGAUGGCAAAGAGCAGGGUCAAAAGGGUGCACCAAAAGUUGUGGAAUUCAAGUUUGACCCCGGCAGCUUCAUUAUCACCUCGGUAAUCUCUUAUAUGCUGUACACGACAUUUUUCCCAGGAGAGAACAGCAGGGAUAUUACGUGGCAAGAGUUCCGUGCCAAUUUCUUCGACAAGGGUCUCGUGGAGAAGUUGACUGUCCUUAACCGCUCGCGCGUUCGAGUUGAGUUGAACCGGGAGGCUAUUGCCAAUGAAAUGCCUGACUCGCCGGCUGCACAACGCAACUUCCACUACUAUUUCACUAUCGGCUCGGUUGAUUCCUUUGAGCGUAAGCUGGAAGAGGCUCACAAUGAACUUCACAUCCCCACCUCGCAACGUAUCCCUGUGGCGUACGUAGACGAAGUUCCAUGGCUUGCUACAGCUCUGUCCUUUGGACCAACUAUUCUUUUGAUCGGAUCAGUCUUCUACUUCUCGAGAAGAGCUGGUGGCGGUGCUGGUGGUCAGAGCGGCAUUUUCGGUAUUGGAAAGAGCCGAGCGCGACGAUUCAACCACGAGACCGACGUCAAAAUUCGAUUUGCCGAUGUGGCAGGUAUGGAUGAAGCCAAGCUUGAAAUCAUGGAAUUUGUUAGCUUUUUGAAGGAACCGGAUAAAUUCCAGAAGCUAGGAGCAAAGAUCCCUCGUGGUGCCAUUCUUUCCGGUCCGCCAGGAACAGGUAAGACAUUGCUCGCGAAGGCAACCGCAGGUGAAUCCGGGGUACCGUUUUUCAGCGUCAGUGGAUCUGAGUUUGUUGAAAUGUUUGUUGGUGUCGGUCCUUCUCGUGUCCGUGAUUUGUUUGCCAAUGCCCGAAAGAACACCCCCUGCAUUAUUUUCAUUGAUGAAAUCGAUGCUAUUGGUAAAUCAAGAUCAAAGCAAAAUUUUGGUGGCGGCAACGAUGAACGUGAGAGCACACUCAAUCAGAUUUUGACUGAGAUGGAUGGUUUCAAUACAUCAGACCAGGUUGUCGUUCUGGCCGGUACCAAUAGACCUGAUGUUCUUGAUAAGGCCUUGAUGCGUCCGGGACGAUUUGACCGGCAUAUCGGCAUUGAUAGACCGACAAUGAAGGGCAGAGAGCAAAUCUUCCGUGUGCACUUGAAGAAGAUCCUCACCAAGGAGGACAUGGAUUAUCUUUGUGGACGCCUCGCUGCUUUGACUCCAGGAUUCGCUGGUGCCGAUAUUGCAAACUGUGUGAACGAGGCUGCAUUGGUUGCUGCUCGUGAACACGCAGAGAGCGUGAAAAUGAAGCAUUUUGAACAGGCAAUUGAACGUGUUAUUGGAGGCUUGGAAAAGAAGUCGUUGGUCCUUUCACCAGAAGAGAAACGGACCGUGGCCUACCAUGAGGCCGGUCACGCUAUCUGUGGCUGGUACCUGCGGUGGGCAGACCCUCUUCUGAAAGUUUCGAUCAUUCCAAGAGGACAGGGGGCUUUGGGCUAUGCCCAAUACCUCCCCUCUAGUGAGAAUUACUUGAUGAGCGUCAACCAACUCAUGGAUCGUAUGGCCAUGACUUUAGGAGGACGAGUCAGCGAAGAACUGCACUUUGACACGGUCACUAGCGGAGCGUCUGAUGACUUCAACAAGGUCACUCGCAUGGCUAGCGCCAUGGUUACCAAAUUCGGCAUGUCAAAAGCGAUCGGCCCGUUGCACUUUGAAGAAGACCAGCAACAACUCCACAAGCCCUUUUCUGAAGAGACUGCACGAAACAUUGACCUAGAAAUCCGCCGCAUAGUCGACGAGGCUUACAAGCGAUGCACAGAUCUUUUGACGGAGAAGAAGAACGAAGUCGGCCUAGUUGCAGAGGAGCUUUUGUCCAAGGAAGUUCUUUCUCGUGACGAUAUGGUGCGUCUCCUUGGUCAACGGCCUUACCCUGACACCGGCGAGUUCACAAAGUACUUCGGUGGCGGUGGUACCAUUGCACCACCAGAACCGCCUGUAUCUGAUGAGGGUACCACCGGUAAAGAUGGUCGUGACCAAACUCCUUUACCUUCUUAA